ACCGAUCAACAGAAAGAGCCGAAUAUCAGUGCCACCUGUCAGUGUCCAUCAGUGCCAGCUGUCGGUGCUCAUCCAUGCCACCUGCCAGUGCCCAUCAGUGCCACAUUUCAGUGCCACAUCAAUGCCACAUAUCAGUACCCAUCUGAGCUGCCUUUCAGUGUCACCCAUCAGUGCCAGUUAGUGCCACCUAUCAAUGCCAGUCAGUGCCACCUAUCAGUGUUGUCAGUGCCACCAAUCAGUGCCUAUCAGUGCCACCUAUCAGUGCCAGUCAGUGUCACAUAUCAGUGUUCAUCAGUGCCCGUCAGU